AUGAGUCUUGACCAUCGCAUUCUCGUUCCUGGGAACAAGACGGUCCAAGCAAUGGAGCUUGAAGUUGACAGCGAGGUGAUCUUGGAUGGAACGCAGGCAAAGCUGACCUCCAUGGAAUGGAAGCACGAACCAACUAUGGUGCUGAAGAUUUCCUUUCGACCAGACCUUCCCGUCGCAGCCUUCAUGAGGCCACCCUCCAUUUUGAGCAAAGGCUCUCGCAAGACGCCGCUCCGCCGCGGCAAGAGGCGAGGAGAUGGAGGUGAUGUAGUGACCAUCCCAGAUACCGAAGGGUCCCUGACGGACUAA